CGCCGCACGCAGUUUAAAGAGGGUAGAAAGAGGUGCUUGUUUAAGGAAAAUAUGGCUGAAGCACAAAUACGCGACCAGCUCGGGAACCCUAUCCCACUCACCGAUCAAUUCGGUAACCCCGUCAAGUUAACCGACGAGAACGGUAAUCCCGUUGUUCUCACCGGAGUGGCUACCACACUCACUGGUACUGUCCCAGAUCUCUUGCCAACCCAAGCUAGGAACAAUGAGACAGACCUUGCUCGUUCUUCCAGUACUACUUCAACCUCUAGCUCUAGCUCUAGCUCUAGCUCGUCUGAGGACGAUGAGGAGCAGCAUGCAGAAAUAACCACCGCUAGCCACCCAACUGUAACCACCAUUAGCCACCCUGAGCCUGAGAAGAAGGGCUUACUCGAGAAGAUCAAAGAAAAAUUGCCUGGCCAUCUCAACCAGUAGUACUGACUACUGAACAAGAACAACCAUGUGCCAUCAUGUCUUUUUAAUAACUAGCUACCUACUUUCACAUAUAUUACGUAACCAUAUCUCAUCUCAUUAAUCAUGUCAUAUUGUAUAUUGUAUGUAGUAUGUACAACGUAUUUCUAUGUGUCCUAUAUAUCACUCUCUGCAUGCUUCUGCUCCAGGGGUUUCAUUUCAAUUAAA